AUGACCAUUUCUUUACGGGGGCGAAAAACUCCGCCAGUGAGAAUUCUGGAGAAAAUGGACCUGCUGGGGAAGGACUGCAAGUGUCCUGGGACAGGAGACACCAGGGCCGAGUUCAGCAGUGUGCGACCAAGAAGAGGACGAGCCAGCACCAGCAGCAGCACCAGCACCAGCAGCAGCACCAGCACCAGCAGCAGCAUCAGCACCAGCAGCAGCACCAGCACCAGCAGCAGCAUCAGCACCAGCAGCAGCAGCAGCACCAGCAGCAGCACCAGCAGCAUCAGCACCAGCACCACCAGCACCAGCAUCAGCACCAGCAGCAGCAGCAGCACCAGCACCAGCACCAGCAUCAGCACCAGCAGCAGCAUCAGCACCAGCAGCAGCACCAGCACCAGCACCAGCAUCAGCACCACCACCAGCUCCAGCACCAGCACCAGCACCAGCAUCAGCACCAGCACCAGCAUCAGCAGCAGCACCAGCACCAGCAUCAGCAGC